AUGACACCACUUGGACACCUCUACCUCCUGAGGGUGCUCAGCGCCCCCCCUGUCUUUCUUCUGGGGCUGCUGCUGGCCCUGCCUCUAGAGGCCCAGGGAGUCUCUGGUGCUCAGUUCUCAGCUGCCAAGACAGCUCAUCAGGCCCCUCAGAAGCAUCUGAGUCAUGGCAUCCUGAAACCUGCUGCUCAUCUUGUUGGAUACCCCAGCAAACAGAACUCGCUGCUCUGGAGAGCGAACACAGACCGUGCCUUCCUCCGACAUGGCUUCUCCCUGAACAACAAUUCGCUCCUGGUCCCCACCAGUGGCCUCUACUUCGUCUACUCCCAGGUGGUCUUCUCAGGGGAAAGCUGCUCCCCCAGGGCCAUUCCUACUCCCAUCUACCUGGCCCACGAGGUCCAGCUGUUCUCCUCCCAGUACCCCUUCCAUGUGCCUCUCCUCAGUGCACAGAAGUCCGUGUAUCCAGGGCUACAAAGACCGUGGGUACGCUCAAUGUACCAGGGGGCUGUGUUCCUGCUCAGUAAGGGAGACCAGCUGUCCACGCACACAGACGGCGUCUCCCACCUGCACUUCAGCCCCAGCAGCGUAUUCUUCGGAGCUUUUGCUCUGUAG